AGAAAACCAACUAUUACUUCCUUCCCUAUGGGCUGAUAUUCACAAGAACCUCUAUUCGCAUAUCUGAAGAAGCCCUUUUACUCUUGACAAUAUGCCUAUCAGUGAUCAUACUCCUCGCUUGAAUUUUCUCAAGGACUCUGCCUGCAUGCUGGACUCGCUCAGCCUUUCGACAGCAUCUCACUUGUUAAUGGUCCAUAAUCGAAUUCUUCAUGACGAGUUCAAACCUCUGACUCAACGGCAACUUGACUUCGCAUGUGGUGCAUGUGGUAGUAUCAGAAAACCUGAGAGGACCAAAACUAUUGAAAUUAGAAAGAGAAAAGCAAAAUCAUCUAGUUCUUCUGCUUCCAAGAAAGCUUCCGCUCUAGGAGCUACGGUCUACAAAUGUCUUCGUUGCCAUCGAAGAACAGUUAAACCAGCAGCACGCCCCAAUAUAACGUCUAAGCCUGACACAACAGCGGCUCCUGUUUCUACUACUCAGUCCACAACAUCUACCACUGCAAAAUCCGUUUCUCCAGCUGCACAAUCUGGUGAGGCGGACCGAAGCAGUAAAACAGCCGACAACGCCAGUAGCAAGAAACGUGCGAAAGCGAGAAAGCAAGGCGGACUACAGGCUCUUCUUGCAUCAAAGCAACAAUCUCAAUCAAAAUCAUCUCAGUCUCUUGAUCUAUUUGAUUUUCUACAGCAGUGACCAACCUGGGGGAUUCUACAGCCUUUGAUGCCAAGCCCGGGCAUUCGGCGCUACUUCGCCUCCGAGGUGUUUUGGGACUAGCGCGGGGCUGCUACUAACAUC